AUGCAUAUCUCAAGCCUUUGUACAGUGGCUACGAUCCUGAUUGCUGCGGCAAUCAUCUCACCCACAUCCGCUUUUGACAGCACAUUACCUCCACGGUUACCGGGUCUAUCACGGAGAGAAGACAACUCCUGCUCUGCAGUCGAUCCGAAGUUGCCCAGUGGCUUUAGUUGCCCGACCGGCAGCAACUGCAUAUCUCUGGAUGCCUCAUCAUCGGCACUCUGCUGCCCUGAAUCAAGCUCAUGCGACAACAUCCAGACGAUUUCGUGCGAUGUUGCAUCGCAAAAUGCCACGUCGAACCCGACGGCUGGGAUUUUCACAAUAAGAUUGGGCGAUAAAUUGCCGACAUGUGGGACCAAGUGUUGCCCGUUCGGAUACAACUGCGUCAGGGACGGCGCUGGAAAUUCAGUCUGCACCAUCAUCAAGAGCACCAGCAUCGUCGGAAAGACGGAGCCUUCCUCUGGUAACACGUCCAGCUCUUCAACAGCCACCUCGUCCGCAACGAGGACAGCCACAUCGACAGCUUCGACAACAAGUUCGACAACCAGCUCCAGUGCAGUCAGUGCCUCAGCCGCACAAGCCACGCCACGAUGCAACAAAUUCCCGAUUGGCGUGUUCUUGGCAGGUCUGUUUCCCGGCAUGUUCGUCGGGGCGUUCCUGAUGCUCGGCUGGGUGAUUUGCAGUGGACGACACCGCAAGCCCAGCUCUCGAAGCUCCACUGGCUCGUCCAUCUCGUACAAACCCACCAUAUCAGACCCCAUUCCAAUGGCAGGUGGUGGCGGGUUAAGAACAGACUUUCUGCGCAAGACCACUGACCGAGCCAAGUCCAUGUUCUCAACCCAGGGCAACCGCAACAGCGAGCAGUAUGUGAACAAUUGGAAGAUGCCUACACCGCCAGUUCCAAACAACGUCCCCGUCGCGCCUGUUGGUGUACCUGUGACGCCGGAGCGAAGACUUCCGCUCGAUUCAGACACGGAAAGCAUCAAAGUCUACUCUCCACCGAGCGCAACCAUGCGACCACCCAACGCUGCGCACAUCGCACCUCUGAGAGGCAUGGCUACUCAACGACUACCGUUCCAAAACAACAGUAACAACAACAUGGGCAGUCCGUUCCAGACCCCUCCUAACAAUAAUACCUCCACUAAUCCCAACAGAAUGAGCGCUACACUGCGGGAUGAGCGAGGUGUCAGCGUCUUCUCCGAGGGGUCGGCGGAGAAUGACGGGCCGACACUGACGCCCGCACGGUAUGACGGCGGCUUCAAUCCUACGAAGCGAACAGAAGUCAGCCGCCCCAACACCACCUUCACGGAAAUGUUGCACGAGGCAGGAUUCCCUGACCCGAUGAACGGCACACCGGCUGUGCCGAAGAUCCCUGAGGGAUAUACGGGCAAGAGUCGUUUCUGA